GGAGAGAGAGAGUUAGAUUGGAGCGAGGAGGGUGGGGGAAAAGGAAUCAGAGUGGAGAGACUCUUUCUUUCUCUAACAUAUUUUAUCCCGUCGUCUCCGGGGAAGGAAAAUCAAAGCCACCUUAUUAUUUUGGUGAAUUUUCUUUUUGCUUGUUUAAAGCUUGGUUUUGACUAAGAGAGAAAGAGAGAGCGACAGAGAUAGAGAAAGAGAAAGAGAGACCUUGUGCUCUAGUGUCAUUUUCCGAGAUAUACUCUCGAGGAACAUCAUUCCCAAAUCCUCACUCUCUAGCUCUCUCUUUCCCCUUUCCCUUCAAUGCCUUUCUGGAUUUCUUUAGCUUUCUUUAUAGAUUUUUCCUCCACUGCUUAAAAGCACUUCUCUCUCUCUCUCUCUCCACCCAUCAUCUGCUCCUCCAAGCCAAUACUAACACUAUUUGUCUCCUUUUUUUCUUCAAGAGCAUGUUUGUUUGUUGAAGAAGAUUAAUUGAAGAGUCUUUUCUUUCCUUUUUAUCUCCUCUCUUUAACUCCUUCUUCCCCUUUAGCAAACACAAUCCCAGCUGAACUUUCAUAGCUUUUUCAUCUUUUUUCCUCACAAGUUUCUAACAACAUCAAACACUUUAAACAUACUUAUUCUCAAGAAAGAAGAGGAAAAGAUCAAACACCCACUUGACCACACUCCCACUUUUCUCAUUUCAUUGGAACUAAGUUAUUAAUUAAGCAGCGAGAAAAGCUAACUACUAGGAAAGAAACCUAGCCGUGAACCAUGCCCUUGGAAGGGGUUUUCGUUGAACCCUCUUCGAACCCAAUUCCUGAUCUUUCCCUUCACAUUAGUCCGCCUAAAGCUUCCACUUCUUUGAUAUGUAGCAAGAGCAGUGAAGUUAUUGAUACAAGCUUCAAUCUUUUGAGCCGACAUGAAGUCAGCAAAUCCAACAGCGGCACCUCCAUGAUAAGUGCCUCACAAGCUUACACCGAGCUGUCUCUAGCACGUCCACAUCCAGCUAAUGUCAUGGAGCAGGAGAGGCAGUGCAGAAGAAAGUCAGCUGGUGGAGCUGAACAACCAUCGCAUACCCCUCUUCACCGCACUCAUCGCCAUCUUCACCCAGCUAAUACUCACUUAAAUCAUAUAAAUCAUGGGGUUUCCCUACUUGAUGUAUCUGAUGGAGCAAGGCCAAUAAAAGGGAUUCCAGUAUAUCAAAACCGUUCAUUCCCCUUUCCGACUUUAGAAAAUCUUUCCAGAGAGAGGGAUCCAAAGGUGUGCUUCUACCAAAUACCUUAUCCCUCUUCCUCUUUAUAUUCUUCUUCUCCAUCUCUCUCUGCUUCGCCUUACUUUGGAGGAGGAUUAGAUCCCAUCUCCAUAUUAAGCUCAGGGUCUACUCAAGGUUCGCCUGCUUAUCGGUCACCGGCAACAAUUAGAUUCAAUGGGAUUUCCAUGGAUGCUUUCAAAUCCCACCAAUUGCACCAGCAGCCCCAACAUAACCACUACGGAAUUGGAUCUUCUGAUGCUUCUAAUGGACUGAUUAGAUCAAGAUUCUUGCCCAAACUUCCGACUAAAAGAAGUAUGAGGGCACCAAGGAUGCGAUGGACUAGCACACUUCACGCUAGAUUUGUUCACGCUGUCGAGCUACUUGGUGGUCAUGAAAGAGCUACUCCGAAGUCGGUUCUUGAGCUGAUGGAUGUCAAAGAUCUCACAUUAGCUCAUGUGAAAAGCCACUUACAGAUGUAUCGUACUGUUAAGACAACUGACAAGCCUGCAGCCUCCUCAGGUCAAUCAGAUGGGUCUGGAGAAGAAGAUAUAUCCACUGUUGUUAGCGGCAGCGAACGUGGCCUGCGUGGAUUAACAGAUCAAAUAGGAACAUCAGAUGGGUCAUUGCAACAAGAAUUGGACUAUCCCUGUAAUCCUAGUACUACUACUAGUACUCUCUGGAGUAAUUCUUCAAGCAGAGAAGCAUGGUUGCACUCAAAUUCGAAUGAUAUAGAUGGGGUGAGAGGACCAUUAUCCUUCCAAUUCAACAAAACUGAGGAAUCUUGUGAUUCAACUCCAUUGUUGAAUUGCAAAAACCCGAGCUUGGAGUUCACAUUAGGCAGACCGGACUGGCAUGGCACACAACAUAAGUAAUUUACUAUCAUACUUUGCUUCUAUUUACAUUUGAUGUGUGCUUCGCUGGUUCUUCCCCUUGUAUUCAUAAAUGGACAGGCAUACAUGAAAUACAAAAUUAGAUAUCUAAAUUUGCUGCCAUUCCAGCUUUUCAAUAUUAGUAAUUAGAUAUCUAAAUCGUUUUGGGAGAUUGUUUUUAGUGAUAAAAGUUGAAGUUUCAUUAUAUAAAUUUUGAUUGCAA